AUGGAAGGAGAAUCACUCGACUAUAGUCUUUUCUCAGUUUCAACACCAUCAGACCAGCAAAAAAUAGCCAUAAGUAAAUUAAAAGAAAAAAUCUCCAACUCCGUUGAUUAUCUUUGUGAUGCACUUCAACAUUACGAAUCUCUUGGAGCCUCAGGUAAGGAUUUCGUCUACGAGCAAGCUGCUGAUUGGAUUAUCUCAUCUGCUUUCAAUCAGUUCGAAGUUUUGAAGCAAAUAAUGCCAACUGUUGAACAAAUCUGCAACGCCCAGGAAUCAUUUUCAGGAUCCAGUGUCGCACUUGGAUCUCUUCGUGCAUCUUAUGCAAUCCAAAGCCUUUACGAAAACCAGGAUGAGCCAAUUGUUAAUUUUAUCAAUCUUGAGCAACAGCAGUUCAUCAAUUUUGCCAAGCCAUUCGCCCAAAAAUUCUCUAACGUUAACCCAUUAUAUCUUGAACAGCACAUGGCUGCUAAAGCUCGUUUCAAUCAAAAUUACGGCCCAGCUUUCUUAAACAAGCUUUUAGAGAACAUUCUCAACAAGCCUGUUUGUGAAGCAAUUAUCUACUUCUGCAAAUGGUUCCCAGCCAACUGGUUCUUCGAACAAAGAGAAGUUAUCAACCAACUUUUCGAAAAGCCAGAACUUAUGCAGUAUCCAGUCCUCAUUUUCGCCCAAGUCUUAUCCCAGAACAGCGAAUUCAUCGAUCUCGAUUUGCUUCAGCAAUAUGUUUACUAUUCCGUCGAAAUUACCCAAGAGAACGAAAGUACAAUGCUGGGACCAAUGUCCGAGCUCUUUGCCUCCCAGGCCCGUCUCUUUGCCACCGCCGCCAUUUCCAUUCUUUCGAAUUCUCAGACAGAUUCGAUUGAAGUUUUAUUCCAGAUGGCCCAAUAUUUCUUCGAUCCAGAAAGGUAUAUCUUGAAGCCAGACGUCGUUUCCCAGGAGAUUGUUCGUGUCCUCGCUCGUAUUUCAGUUGUUGAGCCAAAGAUGGUCGGAAACAUCUGCGAAUUGAUUGUUCAAAGAGUCUCAUGCCACCUUAACUACGAACUCAACACAACAACACCAAUUCUCGUCAACACUCCCGCUAUUAUCGAAUUACAAACCUUAUUCUGUCAAUUCAGUCUUCGCUACAAACAAAUUGUUGAUGAAUUCGUCAACAACGCCAUCCAAAGCGAUCAAUCUACCAUUCUCCCGAUCUUUUGCUUGUUGAUGCCGAUAUCCGAGCGAAGCCACAACGAAAUGAUGGAAUUCCUUUUCAACAACGUUUUCAUUCAGUACGUUUCCGAAGUUCCAGCUGAGAUCACCAACGCUACAUUCCCACCACUUGUAUUAGCCUGCAAAUACAUCUUGAACGCUUCCGAUGACAGCCAGAUUGAAUCGGAAAUCAAGCAAUAUGUUGGCAACGCGUUCCAGAUUCUUUUCAUUGUUUAUUCCAACCCAGAAGUACAAUGGGAAUUCGGCAAAGAUCCAAAACAGAAGAACCUCCAUAAAGAAGAGAUUGGAAAGUUAAUCAUUGAUUACGAUAUCCACAGUUUUGCAAAUCCAGAAAUCAUCGAUAUCAAUUUCAUUAUUGAAUGUUGCAAACUUACUAAAUCAGAAAUCAAAGUUGCAACAUCAUUGUUAUCAACAUUAGGUGCAGAAGUGAGUGCACAAGUUGUUUCAACAUUAAUUGAGCAUGCUAAAUACGAACAGAAUCCAAAUGGUGACAUUUCUUUGGAUAAUAUCUAUAUAUGGCUUGCAAACACAGCAAGUGUUGAUAAUCCUGAAAUAUCAAACAUGAUCUUUAACUUCCUUUUGAGCACUCAAAGCUAUGCAACAAAUACUGCUCGUUGGUUGCAAGCUUUCAAGUGCAUUUCACUUAAAGUUGUCAUCACAAAUCUUGAGAAUUUGCAUGAUGCUGCUGGUUCAUCAACACUUGCUCAUGCAGCACUGUUUGAUUUAUUACGCACAGCACAGAAAGCAUCAGAUACAAUCAGAACACGUGAUCAAGAGACAUAUGAAGACCAAGAAGUUUAUGAGAACGCAAAGAAAUUCGCUGAUCAAAACUGGUGCUACCAAAACAUUCCUAUGAUCAAGCGCUGGUACAUGGAAUAUGUUCUUAACUCUCUCCAUUACCCAACAAGUUCAAAGAACUUCACAGAAGUUGUUAAAGUUCUCAUCAACAAUGGUCUUGAAUUCCUUAAAGAAACAAGGAAUUCAAUCCAAAACGAAGCAGAAGAUGCUCUCGAUCAACUGGCAUCAUUCAUCCAUGAUUCGAUUCUUGCAGAACGUAUUGAUUGUCCAGAGAUCUACAAGGUCGCAAUCAACUGCAUGCAGACACUUUGGGCAGGAACAAACAAGAAGAUUGAUGCCAUCGAUCCAGAUCGUGCUGUUUAUCUUUGCAAUGGUACAUUCAUGUACUUCUAUUCUAAUGAAUUCGAUCCAAACUUAGUUGCAUGGCGUCGUGUCCUUGAAUAUUCUAUGACAGUACAAAUGGAUUUCGUCACAGGCAUGUACAAGUACUUGGUGAAUAAUUCAGAAAACAAGGACAGCAACUUCAUCAUCAAGACACUUUCUGAGUUCUUGGAAGAUAAGUUCGUUCAAAAUGCAAUGGGAUACAUCGCUGUAAGAGCAGAUGCACUUCAGGAAGUUUUGCAUCAAAGAAACGCAAAGAAUGAGUACUUGAAUGAACUCAACCAAGCAGCUAAACCAGCUAACAACAACGCUAUUCCUACAUUCAAGAGCAACAUCACAAAGAACAUCAUCCCUCUCAUUUACCAGAUCCGCCAGAUGACAUUCUUCGAUCAGUAA